AUGGAGAGAUUCAGCCAGUUCCGCGAUAAGGGCUCCGGAAUCGCCCCUUUCAUCCCAAUCCAAACCCCUCACUCAACCCUCUCAACCCUCAUCCACGCCUCCCUCUUCGCCUUCCGCCUCCCCUUCUUCCUCGCCUAUGCAAUCCUCUACUUCACCAUCCUCCAACACCUGCCCCUCCCUGCUGCCCUCCGCAAGCUCCUCCUGUGGGCCUUCAUGUCCAUCCCGGGGCUCUGGUGGGUAGAUCUCCAGAUGGACGGCGUCCGCCGCGGCACUUUAUCCGACCAACCUCCCGACCGGAUUCCGCGUCCGGCUUCCGUCAUCGCUGCGAACUUUACUUCUCCGGUCGAUCCGCUUUACCUCGCUGCCGUCUUCGAUCCCGUCUUCACGAUCUCUUAUCCCCGGCUUCGCAAGGUCCGCCACGUUUCGCUCCUCCAGGCCAUUCUUCACGCCCUCGCCCCCGUUAAACUCGCCCCUCCCCCCGCCGCCCGCCUCACCGAUCUCGAGACCUUACUCGCAAAGUAUCCCAACCGCGUCGUCGCCGUCUUCCCCGAAUGCAGCACCACCAACGGCAAAGCCAUCCUCCCCCCGAGCCCCUCCCUCCUCUCGGCCCCGCGUGACACGCACAUCUUCCCCGUCAGCAUCCGGUACUCGCCCGCCGACGUGACGACCCCCGUCCCCGGCCGUUGGCUCCACUUCCUUUGGACGCUGCUCUCGCAGUCGACCAUUUGUAUUCGCGUUCGCAUCGCCGAGAGGACUUCCAAUACCGCCGCGCCUGAGCCCGCAGCCACUUCGACGGGCGUGGACGGUGUUUCCUCUGCCUCUGCGGCGUCGGGAGAAAAGAUCUCGGCUGAGGAGAGGAGGGUGUUGGAUAAGAUUGGGGAGGCACUCGCGCGGUUGGGGAGGAGUAAGAGGGUGGGGCUUACCCUUGAGGAUAAGGCCGCUUUUGUCAAGGCUUGGAAUGCGAAGAGGUAA